AUGGCCUGCAGACACCACACGGCACAUUACGGUGGUGAGCGGCACUAUAGUGGUGAGCGGCACUAUAGUGAUGAGUGGCACUAUAGUGAUGAGCGGCACUAUAGUGAUGAGCGGCACUAUAGUGAUGAGCGGCACUAUAGUGAUGAGCGGCACUAUAGUGAUGAGCGGCACUAUAGUGGUGAGCGGCACUAUAGUGGUGAGCGGCACUAUAGUGGUGAGCGGCACUAUAGUGGUGAGCGGCACUAUAGUGGUGAGUGGCACUAUAGUGGUGAGCGGCACUAUAGUGGUGAGCGGCACUAUAGUGGUGAGCGGCACUAUAGUGGUGAGCGGCACUAUAGUGGUGAGCGGCACUAUAGUGGUGAGCGGCACUAUAGUGGUGAGCGGCACUAUAGUGGUGAGCGGCACUAUAGUGGUGAGCGGCACUAUAGUGGUGAGCGGCACUAUGGCGGUGAAACCAAGCGCAAGUUUGAGAGUGUGUACACGGGCGGGACAAUGAACACAGUGGGAGGAGGUGAGAUCACCGCAUACUGGCACUGCUGUGGCGCCACCGACCCCUUUGAUCCAGGCUGUGUGGCCGGGCCACAUGAGACAUACGAUGACUGA